AUGCGCUGUUCAGCCUCCGCGGUGGCUGAGGAGAAUGGACUGCUAACGUUAGCUGUCCGGUUUCUGUUUUUUUUUUUUGUUUUUGCGUAAAAGCUUUUCUCCGAGUUCGUCAGCAUUUAGUGAUUUUCGAUCAGGUAACCCAACAGGAAAAUGUCAGUUUUCUCCGAGUCGGCUUUGGAGAAAAAAUUGGCAGAACUUAGUAAUUCUCAGCAGAGCGUCCAGACCUUGUCUCUAUGGUUAAUCCACCACAGAAAACACUCGAAAACCAUCGUCAAAGUUUGGUAUAACGAGCUGAAAAAAGCCCAGGUGUCUCGCAAAUUGACUUUCCUCUAUCUUGCCAAUGAUGUCAUCCAGAACAGCAAGAGGAAAGGACCAGAGUUCACACAGGACUUUGCACCAGUUAUAAUCGAUGCCUUCAAACAUGUCUCCAGUGACGGGGAGGAAGGCUGUAAGAAGCAGCUGGAUCGGGUUCUGUCCAUCUGGCGGGAAAGAGCAGUGUAUGAGAAUGAUCUGCUGGACAAACUCUCAGAGGUGCUACAUGGAGAGAAAAAGGCUAAGAAGAGGCCGUAUGAGGAGAUUAAAGCACGUGAUGAAGACUUUGCCUCUCAGAGUUCACCAUCAGAGCCUCCACAGACAGCAGAGUUGAUCCGAGCAUUGCAGGAGCUGGAGAACGCAGCCUCAAGUGACUCAGCCAUCCGUCAGAGGAUCGCUGCUCUCCCUCCUGAGGUGCAAGACUCCUCCCUGCUGCACAGAGUCACAGAUAAGGAAUCGGGAGAACGGCUGUCCAGACUGGUAGAGGAGGCUUGCAUGCUGCUAGCAGACUACAGCGGGCGUCUGGCGGCCGAGAUCGAUGACCGUCGGCAGCUCACGCGACUGCUUGCUCUCUUUCUACAGAGUCAGCGGGAUGGCUUGACCCAGAAAGAACAGAAACUAGAAGAGUAUAAGCGUAAGCUGGCGCGGGUUACCCAGGUGCGGAAGGAGCUCAGAUCUCGUCUCAGUAGCCUUCCGGACCUCUCUCUGCUUCCUAACGUAACGGGUGGUCACGUCCGCUUGCCUUCCUCUGGUGAUCUUUACAGCCCUUCUGACUGUGGUGAGACAGUGCAGAAUGACUAUAAGCACUGUCAUGACAGUAGUCGUGCCCUUGAGGACAGAGAGCGGGAGAAAAAACUAGCCAGGAAACGACUCUACAUCGUCUCUGCGGUUUGUCUGAUCUUCAUGGUGGGAGAAAUCUUAGGUGGGUACUUUGCUGGCAGUCUGGCGGUGAUGACGGAUGCUGCCCACCUGCUGGUGGACUUAACCAGUUUCAUCAUCAGCCUGUGCUCCCUGUGGCUGUCGUCCAGGCCUGCCACACACACACUCAACUAUGGCUGGCACCGCGCAGAGAUCCUGGGCGCUCUUCUGUCUGUCUUCACCAUCUGGUUGGUAACUGGUGUGUUGGUGUACUUGGCAGUGGAGCGUAUUAUCAGCGAUGAUUAUGAAAUUGAGGGCACUGUCAUGCUCAUCACCUCUGGCUGUGCUGUGUUGGCCAACAUCAUAAUGGCGCUCACUUUGCACCAGUCAGGACAUGGUCAUAGUCAUGGUGGUCUUAGCUCCCAUGGCCAUGGACACAGCCACUCUGGUGACCACAGUCAUGAAAAGCAGAAUGGUCAUAGCCAUGCUAAUGGUAAGCACCAUGAUCCAGAAGACCAAACAGCUGGAAAGAAACCACAGGAGAAUGCCAGUGUGAGGGCUGCCUUCGUGCAUGUGAUUGGAGACCUUUUGCAGAGCGUCAGUGUGCUUGUUAGCGCAUUCAUCAUCUUUUUCAGACCAGAGUACAAGAUGGCAGACCCUAUCUGCACUUUCCUGUUCUCCCUCUUUGUCCUGGGCACCACUUUCACCAUCAUGAGGGAUAUUCUGGUGGUCUUGAUGGAAGGAACUCCUGCAGGUGUGAACUUUAAAGAGGUGCGGGAACGACUGCUCUCUGUGAAGGGAGUGAAAGCAGUGCACAACCUCCACAUCUGGGCCCUGACUAUGAACCAGGCUGUUCUCUCUGCCCAUGUGGCUAUAGAUGAUACUGCAGAGCCACAGCUCGUUCUGAGAGAAAUCACCCAGUCCUGCUUCAACACUUACAGCUUCCACUCCGUCACCAUCCAACUGGAGCAGCAGGCAGACCAGAGACCAGACUGCAGCCUUUGUCAGGACCCCAAAAACUGAAGCCCCCUCCACACUGACCCUCCCCCAACUCUCUGCCAAGAAGGGCAAGAAUUCAUUUUAGCCCAGUUAAGAUCCUGUUGUAAUGCAGUGUUUCACAUGUUUACCAAUCAAACCAAAGACUCAAUGGGCUGCUCAGUCUUGGACCUUGUACCUCUCUGUUUCUUGCAGGAGUUUAUCGGUAGGGGAUUCAUGCAGAAGUCACAUGAUUACCUGAUUACAAAAUAGGAGAUUAGGAAGGUUUUCCCUUACUCUAUUUUGGAGAUUACACUGUAUUUCUGUUGGAACAGUACUGUAUAACUCAAUUCACUGUAUAUUAUUAGAUGCUAUUUUUAGUGGAAUGUGUAUUUUGUCUGUCACUGGAGAUGCCUAUUAGUUCAUUUUAUGAGAAUAUGAUGACUUUACAUACAUUUUAUUCAGAGGAGCAAGGUAUCUGAUUGUUUUUUUGAAUGCAAAAAAAAUAUUUUUUAGCAAUAUCUUGCUACAUAAUCACAUAAUUCUUCCGUCUGUUGCUCUGUAUCAAUUAAAAAGAGUAGAACAGAGUUAUACAUAAGGUUUGAUAUCUUUCCAGCCAUCUAUGUCUAUCGCCCACUCUGAAGGCUAAGUGUUGCCGGGCAACAGAAACAUAGUUGGUCAUUGUCUUGUUGCUCACGUUGAUCCUGGUUUAAUGCUAGCACUUCUCUCUGACCUUGAGAGCCCCUGUGUGUGAUAGAGGGUCUGGCACUGUGAUAGAUUGGCUCUAUUAGGUCUCAGGGGCUCCUGUGACAUUAACCCUUCAAUUCUGACACCAUCAAGGUGUUGAUCUUUCGCUCUCACUGUGAGCCCUGGCUUUUCAUGUCAUGCCACAAAGUGCCUAAUAGAUUAUUAAUUAGAAUUGACAGAUUAUGAUUAGAUUAUAGAUGCUGGUGCACAGACUGUCUAGAUACCUCAAUGUUUUUUUUUUUAUUCACAGCGCCAAAUUGUAUUUAUCAAAGAAUUUGUAGUCAACUUUAAAACUGUUUUCUGGAUUUGUCCAUGUUAAGUGCCAUAUUUGUCCUUCUUAGGUCACAUUAGGUUAGUUGAAUUUGAAUGUAGUUCACUCAAGGCACACAUGUUAAAAUUAGAGGCCUACAUAUUUCUAAAACAUUAUCUAAAGGCUUUGAAUAUAUUUGAUCUUAUUUAUCUUUAUGUCACAUUUUAUACAGUAUAGAUUAUAGUGUUUAUUGUUUGUCAGAAAUAUUAAGAGUGAAAUCAAAAGAAGCAAUUUUUCCUACCCUGCUGUGGGCUAUAUACCCCUAUACUGCCCUCUUAGCUAAAAGGGCUCUUUAUAGUACCAAAAACAUAACCAAUGCUGAUGCUACACAAAAACCUUUUAAAAGGCUCUUUUAAGGGUCUAUAUCCUACAUUUUUCUUGCAUUUAUUUUUUUCCCCUGGUUUUCAUGGUCUUGAUUCUUUUUUGAAUGCCUAUUUUCCAAUGUCUCUUUAUCCCUUGCCAUUAAAUGUGUUUGGCUGUGUUACUGUACCUUUCAGACUGAAAUAUGUGAAUGAUUUCAGUUCUGGUUUACUGUGCUAUAUUGUGCUUCAUUCAAAAAGCAGUCUGGGCUGAAAUAAUCUUAGAAUUUCAGAGUAAGAGUGCAGGGAUGAACUUCUGUAGGCUAUAAAUUACCUGUAAUAAAAUAUCUGUACAAUUUUUGGAC